GGUAUUUAUUCAUGAAAAAACAAGGUUAUAAAUUGUUCGACAUUACGCGGAGUCUCAGUCACCGCGACUAAGCGACGAUGGUCGCGCUCAUUAUACUGGUAGUGGUGGGGGUUGGGGUGUCAGCAACGUCACCGAAGAAGCCAAAAGAGACGUGCACGACAGAACGACACCCGGUCGACCCGGUCGAGCCCAUAAAGUGCGGUCCCAACUCGCACUUCGAAAAAUGCUCCAAAAUAUGCCCUCCAUACGAUUGUCAAUCACUCAUAGACCCGUAUUGGAUGUGCGGGAACGGGGGAUGCAAGCCAGAAUGCAGAUGCAAUGACGGUUUUUAUCGUCAGAACGGAACGUGCAUUUCCACGGCUGAGUGCCUCGCACAAUGCGGUCCUCUGGAGCGGUAUGUAUCCGACAGCACGGAUUGUCAACUAACCUGUGCCAACUACAAGGUGACUGCACCACGGAGCCUGUGCAAGCCCUUCUCAGGAUGCGUCUGUGCUGACGGACGGGUGAGGCUGAACGAUGACGCCACUGGUCCAUGUGUGCUUCCGAAGGAUUGUCCAUCUCGACCAUGUCCGCUUCACGAGCACUGGGAGGAUUGCCCUAGUGUAUGCGCCAACGAAACCUGUAUUUCGAAGAGUCCGACAUAUAAAUGCUUGCUGCCAGCUAUCCCGCUGCCGUGCAAAGGGCGUUGCAUAUGCGACAAGGGAUAUUUGAGGAAUCAUUUUGGAGACUGUGUACCUAAGAACCAUUGUCCUAUCAAGGAAUGUCCAAUAAAUGAAGUGUGGCGCUGCGCCUCCAUGUGCCCGCGGGACUCGUGCAAGCGGCUCGAGCCCGGCUUCCAAUGUCCGCCGGGCAUCAUAUCAGUAUGCAUACCCGCCUGCGAAUGCAAGGAUGGAUAUCUGAGAGACGACCAUGGAAUUUGCAUACCGAGAGACUUAUGCCCGGCAUCUCUCCGUUGCGACAUAAACGAAGCGGCUGUGGAGUGCCUAUCGUACCCGCCGCCCACAUGCGAGUCUGUGUACACCCUGUACAAGCCGAUAGAUGACGCGCCCUGCAACCCCGGCUGUGAGUGCAGGCCUGGCUACUUGAGGAACAAGCGGAACAUUUGCGUACCCAGCGAGUUUUGUCCAACAGUGCCUUACUGUGGCAAAUGUGGGCCCAACCAGGAAUACAAGAAAUGCGGUACCCGUUGCGAACCAAGCUGCUCAGAUCUAGAUAAACGACCGCAAGUGUGCGCUGAUGUUUGUGUCAAAGGUUGCUUCUGCAAAGAAGGAUUCCUUAAGGAUGAACAUGGAAACUGUGUUUAUCCGAGUGAAUGUCCUCUACCCGUCUGUAACAAACCAAACGAAGUGGCAAAGGCGUGUGGAUCAUACUGCGAGAAAAGGACUUGUGAAAACUACAACAGGACUGACAUCGUCUGCCCCGCCGUUUGCGUCCGUGGAUGCUUCUGUCGCAAGGGAUACGUCAGGAACGCGUACGGUGUCUGUAUACACCCGAAGAAAUGCCCGUCUAAGCCAGUAUGCCUGCAAGAACACGAAGUAUACCAGCCAUGUGGCUCCAGCUGUCCAGACAACUGUGACAACUAUAUGAACACCAACCGUAUUUGCACGCAGCAGUGCGUCGCCGCGUGCAACUGCAAGAAAGGCUAUGUCAGAAACCUCAAAGACGGCACUUGCAUAAAGCCAGAACAAUGUCCCACAAAGGAAUGCACAGGCAUCAACGAAGAUCUAAACUACUGCGCCUCCUACUGCCCCGUUACAUGCGCAAACCGCUUCACACAAGGCGACUGGUCUUGUAUCACUCUCUGCCGAGAGGCCUGUGACUGCAUUCCUGGCACACUAAGGAACGACACUGGAUCUUGCGUUCCUGUUAGUCAAUGCACCCCACCAAUUUGUAGGGACAACGAAAAGUAUAUGAAGUGCGGCACCGCAUGCCCGUUAACAUGUGACAACUAUAAAAAUCCUCCAAAACACUGCACUCACCAGUGUAUCGAGGAUUGUUUCUGCAAAGAUGGUUAUGUCCGAAACCGAUAUGGACGCUGCGUGAAACCAGAAGACUGUGAGCCUACUUGUCCAACCGGCGAAAAAUGGAACGAAUGCUCAGCCCAUUGUCAAGAUACUUGUGAAAACUACCACUCGUCAAACAGGAGCUGCACUUACCAGUGUCAAUCUGGAUGCGUUUGUGAGACAGGCACCGUCAGAAGAAAGGACGGCAAAUGUGUAAAACCAACAGAGUGUACCGAUCCGAUCAUCUGCCCCGUCGACGAGGAGUACGAUCCGUGCUCCGCUCACUGCGAGCCCACCUGCGACAACCACGGGCCGGAUCGCGCCUGCACCGCCAUUUGUAAACCCGGAUGCAAGUGCUGUGAGGGACUCGUCAGACGAAAGGAUGGCAAAUGCGUCAAGUUGAAGGAUUGCCCCCCGCCAAUUUGUAGGAAAAACGAAAAGUAUAUGAAGUGCGGCACUGCAUGCCCGUUAACAUGUGACAACUAUAAAAACCCUCCAAAACACUGCACCCACCAGUGUAUCGAGGAUUGUUUCUGCAAAGAUGGUUACGUCAGAAACCGAUUUGGACGCUGCGUAAAACCAGUAGACUGUGAGCCUACUUGUCCAACCGGCGAAAAAUGGAACGAAUGCUCAGCCCAUUGUCAAGAUACUUGUGAAAACUACCACUCGUCAAACAGGAGCUGCACUUACCAGUGUCAAUCUGGAUGCGUUUGUGAGACAGGCACCGUCAGAAGAAAGGACGGCAAAUGUGUAAAACCAACAAAGUGUACCCCACCAAUUUGUAGGGAAAACGAAAAGUAUAUGAAGUGCGGCACUGCAUGCCCGUUAACAUGUGACAACUAUAAAAACCCUCCAAAACACUGCACCCACCAGUGUAUCGAGGAUUGUUUCUGCAAAGAUGGUUACGUCAGAAACCGAUUUGGACGCUGCGUGAAACCAGUAGACUGUGAACAUUCUUGUCCAACCGGCGAAAAAUGGAACGAAUGCUCAGCCCAUUGUCAAGAUACUUGUGAAAACUACCACUCGUCGAACAGGAUCUGCACUCACCAGUGUCAAUCUGGAUGCGUUUGUGAGACAGGCACCGUUAGAAGAAAGGACGGCAAAUGUGUAAAACCAACAGAGUGUAAUGGACAAUGUCCUUCGAACGAAGUAUACGAUCCAUGCAGUAACCCACCGUGUCCACCGGGAAAAUCGUGUGCCCAAGUUUGUAUACCUGCCUGCAGGUGUAAAGACGGACUAGUGAGAGAUAAGCAUGGAAAAUGUGUCAAUCCUCAUUGCCCAGUCAAUGAACGAUGGGUGGACUGCGUGAUAGCUCUUUGUAUUGCCCUAACGUGCGAUGAGCUCGGCUUCCCUAUCGCCUGCCCGGGCAUUAUUGGUCCGUGCGACGGCGGCUGCGUAUGCGCUGAAAACUACGUAAGAGAUAGAAACGGCGUCUGCAUUCCGAAGCAAAAUUGCCCAAGUUGCAACAAUGACUUCAACGCUACAUCUGGAUGCGGUAUUCACUGCGGAAGGCAAUGUACUGACUACAAGAACCCUCCUCCCUGUAACAGUCCAAUGCCUUGCAAUUUCAAUGGAUGUGACUGCAAAAAAGGAUAUGUAUAUGACAUAGUUACUGGUCGAUGCCUUGCUCCAUGCGAUUGUCCGGUUCUUUGCAAUGGCGACUUAUACGCGGAAAGAGUGAAGUGUCCAAAUCCGUGUCCAGCCACUUGCGCCAACCCAACUCAUGCCAUUUGUUCAAGACUGUGUCUCAGAGAAGGUUGUCAAUGUAGGCCUGGCUAUGUUCUGAAUCCUGAUGGAAAAUGUGUGUCGCCCGAAAAUUGUCCAGAUAACAUUGGAUGUAACGGAGAUCCUAAUGCCCAAAUAAGUAGUUGUGUCUCUCUAUGUGAACCAAAAUGUGGAGUGAAUCCUGUAUUUUGCCCUGCAAGUUGCCACCUGGGUUGCAGGUGUAAAACUGGAUUUAUACUUUCCCAGUCCGGUGGUAAAUGCAUAAAACCUGAAAACUGUGUCAACGCUACUACGUCCACUACAACUACAACGGAAGCGCCGUGUAAAACAAGGCCACCACGCGAAACGAAUUCAACUGAAUUAAUCCUUUGCCCUAAUAAUGAAAUCUGGAUUGACUGCAAAGCUGGUUAUUGUAAGCCGCAAUACUGUCGGGAUUUAGGCAGACUACUGACUUGUCCGAAAGUGUGCCACCCCUGCCCGGGAGGCUGUAUUUGUAGGAAAGGACUACUCAGGAAUGACGAUGGAGUUUGCAUUCCAGAAAAAGAAUGUCCUAUCAAUCAACCUUGUUCUGACCCAAAUGCUAUCAGGAAAAAAUGUGCUGUUCAUGAGUCCUGCAAAGCAACAUGCGCUGUGCCAAACUCAAAAGUUUGCCCCAAAAUAUGCAUUAUAAACGGAUGUGAAUGUAAACAAGGGUACGUUUUAUCGGGGCCAAGGGGAAUAUGCAUCAAAAUAGAGGAUUGUCCGAAAGGUAAUAACGUCAGCUGUAACGGAGACCCGAAUGCAGAGAUAAUGGCAUUCCCCCCGCCAUGUCCGUCAACGUGCAAGCUACCCAACGGGCUCCCGGGAUGUAAAAAGUUAGGGCCAGACGUGGGAUGCGUGUGUAAACCUGGAUACAUAAAGGACGACCAUGAUAAAUGCAUUCUGCCUAAAAACUGCCCAGGUGGAAAUCCUUGCGGUGCCAACGAAACUUUCGUGUCGUGUAAGAUAAAAGAUUGCCCUAAAGACUACUGCCCAGUGGACGACAAUAGUGUAACGAUGAUAUGUGAUCCAGUUUACCCGUGCCCCAGUGGAUGUGUUUGCAAACUGAACUAUAAGAGAAAGAGCCAGGAGGAUCAGAGAUGUAUUUUGAGCUCAGAUUGCCCUCCCGUAGAGUGUACUCGACCCAACGAAGUAUGGAACCCCUGUCCAUCAGCCUGCCUCAGAGAGAACUGCGAUGACAUCAACGAUCAGCCUACAACGUGUAACACGUUAGUUCAUAACUGCGACCCGAGGUGCAUUUGUACAAAAGGUCACUUUAGAAACGCAUCGGGCAUAUGUGUUCCAGCCAAAGAAUGCCCUAUCAAUCAACCUUGUUCUGACCCAAAUGCUAUCAGGAAAAAAUGUGCUCUUCAUGAGUCAUGCAAAGCAACAUGCGCUGUGCCAAACUCAAAAGUAUGCCCCAAAAUAUGCAUUAUAAACGGAUGUGAAUGUAAACCAGGGUACGUUUUAUCGGGGCCAAGGGGAAUAUGCAUCAAAAUAGAGGAUUGUCCGAAAGGCAAUAACGUCAGCUGUAACGGGGACCCGAAUGCAGAGAUAAUGGCAUUCCCCCCGCCAUGUCCGUCAACGUGCAAGCUACCCAACGGGCUCCCGGGAUGUUUGAAGUUAGGGCCAGACGUGGGAUGCGUGUGUAAACCUGGAUACAUAAAGGACGACCAUGAUAAAUGCAUUCUGCCUAAAAACUGCCCAGGCGGAAAUCCUUGCGGUGCCAACGAAACUUUCGUGUCGUGUAAGAUAAAAGAUUGCCCUAAAGACUACUGCCCAGUGGACGACAAUAGUGUCACGAUGAUAUGUGAUCCAGUUUACCCGUGCCCCAGUGGAUGUGUUUGCAAACUGAACUAUAAGAGAAAGAGCAAGGAGGAUGACAGAUGUAUUUGUAGCUCAGAUUGCCCUCCCGUAGAGUGUACUCGACCCAACGAAGUAUGGAACCCUUGUCCAUCAGCCUGUCUCAGAGAGAACUGCGAUGACGUCAACGAUCAGCCUACAACGUGUAACACGUUAGUUCAUAACUGCGACCCGAGGUGCAUUUGUACAAAAGGACACUUUAGAAACGCAUCGGGCAUAUGUAUUCCAGCCAAAAAAUGCCCUAUCAAUCAACCUUGUUCUGACCCAAACGCUAUCAGAAAAAAAUGUGCUGUUCAUGAGUCAUGCAAAGCAACAUGCGCUGUGCCAAACUCAAAAAAAUGCCCCAAAAUAUGCAUUAUAAACGGAUGUGAAUGUAAACCAGGGUACGUUUUAUCGGGGCCAAGGGGAAUAUGCAUCAAAAUAGAGGAUUGUCCGAAAGGCAAUAACGUCAGCUGUAACGGGGACCCGAAUGCAGAGAUAAUGGCAUUCCCCCCGCCAUGUCCGUCAACGUGCAAGCUACCCAACGGGCUCCCGGGAUGUAAAAAGUUCAGCCCAGACGUGGGAUGCGUGUGUAAACCUGGAUACAUAAAGGACGAUCAUGAUAAAUGCAUUCUGCCUAAAAACUGCCCAGGCGGAAAUCCUUGCGGUGCCAACGAAACUUUCGUGUCGUGUAAGAUAAAAGAUUGCCCUAAAGACUACUGCCCAGUGGACGACAAUAGUGUUACGAUGAUAUGUGAUCCAGUUUACCCGUGCCCCAGUGGAUGUGUUUGCAAACUGAACUAUAAGAGAAAGAGCAAGGAGGAUGACAGAUGUAUUUUGAGCUCAGAUUGCCCUCCCGUAGAGUGUACUCGACCCAACGAAGUAUGGAACCCUUGUCCAUCAGCCUGUCUCAGAGAGAACUGCGAUGACGUCAACGAUCAGCCUACAACGUGUAACACGUUAGUUCAUAACUGCGACCCGAGAUGCAUUUGUACAGAAGGACACUUUAGAAACGCAUCGGGCAUAUGUGUUCCAGCCGAAGAAUGCCCAAAUUUCCAACCGAAAUCCUGCGAUGACCCCAAUGCAGAGAGGGUAGAAUGCGCUCCAGACCCCUCAUGCCGGUCUACCUGCUCAACACCUAACCCGUCCAAACCGUGCAAAUUAAACUGUGCAAUUGACAACUGUGUCUGUAAGAGAGGCUUUGUUCUGUCAAAGAAGGGCGGGAAAUGUAUACCCGUGAAUCAGUGUCCAAAAGAUAAACCUUGCAACGGGGACAGCAACGCCUAUAUAAUAGCCAACCCGCCUCCUUGCCCGUCGACAUGCGAUUCUCCCAACGCCAGCUAUUUUUGCCGAAGGGCCGCUCCGCCUGUGGCCUGCCAGUGUAAAGAUGGCUUGAUUAAAGCCACUUACGAUGGGAAGUGCAUCAAGCCAGAUGAAUGUCCAGGCGGAAAUCCUUGCGGUGCCAACGAAACUUUCGUGUCGUGUAAGAUAAAAGAUUGCCCUAAAGACUACUGCCCAGUGGACGACAAUAGUGUCACGAUGAUAUGUGAUCCAGUUUACCCGUGCCCCAGUGGAUGUGUUUGCAAACUGAACUAUAAGAGAAAGAGCAAGGAGGAUGACAGAUGUAUUUGUAGCUCAGAUUGCCCUCCCGUAGAGUGUACUCGACCAAACGAAGUAUGGAAUCCUUGUCCAUCAGCCUGUCUCAGAGAGAACUGCGAUGACGUCAACGAUCAGCCUAUAACGUGUAACACGUUAGUUCAUAACUGCGACCCGAGGUGCAUUUGUACAAAAGGACACUUUAGAAAUGCAUCGGGCAUAUGUAUUCCAGCCAAAAAAUGCCCUAUCAAUCAACCUUGUUCUGACCCAAAUGCUAUCAGGAAAAAAUGUGCUGUUCAUGAGUCAUGCAAAGCAACAUGCGCUGUGCCAAACUCAAAAAAAUGCCCCAAAAUAUGCAUUAUAAACGGAUGUGAAUGUAAACCAGGGUACGUUUUAUCGGGGCCAAGGGGAAUAUGCAUCAAAAUAGAGGAUUGUCCGAAAGGCAAUAACGUCAGCUGUAACGGGGACCCGAAUGCAGAGAUAAUGGCAUUCCCCCCGCCAUGUCCGUCAACGUGCAAGCUACCCAACGGGCUCCCGGGAUGUAAAAAGUUCAGCCCAGACGUGGGAUGCGUGUGUAAACCUGGAUACAUAAAGGACGAUCAUGAUAAAUGCAUUCUGCCUAAAAACUGCCCAGGCGGAAAUCCUUGCGGUGCCAACGAAACUUUCGUGUCGUGUAAGAUAAAAGAUUGCCCUAAAGACUACUGCCCAGUGGACGACAAUAGUGUCACGAUGAUAUGUGAUCCAGUUUACCCGUGCCCCAGUGGAUGUGUUUGCAAACUGAACUAUAAGAGAAAGAGCAAGGAGGAUGACAGAUGUAUUUUGAGCUCAGAUUGCCCUCCCGUAGAGUGUACUCGACCCAACGAAGUAUGGAACCCUUGUCCAUCAGCCUGUCUCAGAGAGAACUGCGAUGACGUCAACGAUCAGCCUACAACGUGUAACACGUUAGUUCAUAACUGCGACCCGAGAUGCAUUUGUACAGAAGGACACUUUAGAAACGCAUCGGGCAUAUGUGUUCCAGCCGAAGAAUGCCCAAAUUUCCAACCGAAAUCCUGCGAUGACCCCAAUGCAGAGAGGGUAGAAUGCGCUCCAGACCCCUCAUGCCGGUCUACCUGCUCAACACCUAACCCGUCCAAACCGUGCAAAUUAAACUGUGCAAUUGACAACUGUGUCUGUAAGAGAGGCUUUGUUCUGUCAAAGAAGGGCGGGAAAUGUAUACCCGUGAAUCAGUGUCCAAAAGAUAAACCUUGCAACGGAGACAGCAACGCCUAUGUAAUAGACCACCCAUCCCCUUGCCCGUCGACGUGCGAUUCUCCCAACGCCAGCUAUUUGUGCCGAAGGGCCGCUCCGCCUGUGGCCUGCCAGUGUAAAGAUGGCUUGAUUAAAGCUACUUACGAUAGAAAGUGCAUCAAGCCAGAUGAAUGUCCAGGUGGCAACCCUUGCGGCAAAAACGCAACUUUCGUACCAUGCUCCUUCAUCUGCCCGAGCAAUGAAUGCCCAGGAGUCGACAACACGGCACUUGCAGGAACCAGCGUCGCUUGCUUGCGGCCGGAUCCUUGUCCAAGCGGCUGCAAGUGCAAAAAGGGCUACACGAGAAGGAGCAGCUCUGAUUACACCUGUAUUCUACCUUCGGAUUGUCCAAAUGUCCAACCGAAACCCUGCGACGACCCUAAUGCAGAGAGGGUAGAAUGCGCUCCAGACCCCUCAUGCCGGUCUACCUGCUCACACCUAACCCGUCGAAACCUUGCAAAUUAAUCUGUGCAGUUGACAAUUGUGUCUGUAAGAAAGGCUUUGUUCUGUCAAAGAAGGGUGGUAAAUGUAUACCCGUGGAUCAGUGUCCAAAAGAUGCGCCGUGCAACGGAGACAGCAACGCGGUUAUAAAGCUCGACCCGAUACCUUGUCCGUCGACCUGCAGCGCUCCCGACGCUGACCCUUGGUGCAAGAGGUACGCCCCGCCCGUGGGCUGUGAAUGCAAGCCAGG